CCCGCGGCCAAUUCUCAUCUUUCCCGCCGCCCUUCCCCGGAAGAGAGGAAAAUCCCCUAACCCGUAACCAGUAGCCGGGGCAUCUCCGGCAACGACUAAAAAUGGAUACUAGAGCGGAAACGGCGAGGAUUCUGGUGGAGUUCCUGGAAGUGGCGAUUACGUCCAUCGUUUUCCACAAGAGGGUUUAUCCCGCCGGCGCAUUUGAGAGGCGGAGAUAUAUGAACGCGGUGGUUCAUAGAGCGAAGCAGCCAGAGCUCCGAGAUUACAUCCACUCUUCCGUCAACGCUCUCUUCCCUUUCAUCCAAAAGGGAUUGGUGGAAAGAGUACUAGUGAUCUUCUUCAACAAAGAUGAUAAUGUGGUUAACGAGCGAUUCGUGUUCAAGCUCGGUAUGAACCAGUCUUCAUCGUCUGGAUCGAAGAUUGAAGAAGCCGAUCUCGAAUUCUCGCUUCGCUCCUUCCUUAUCAAACUCCCCACAUCAGAAAAUCUCACCAAGCCUCUCCCUCCCGAUUGCAGAUGGGAAGUAACAGCUUACUUCCGAGGUCUUCCCGAGGUUGGUACGAGCAAAGAAGCAGAUGUGUGGAUCCCGACUGACACGAAGCAGUGGCAGCACCUCCCAGAAGUUACUCCAAUCAAGUCCAUGAGCAGCCAGCCUUUGUCUCUGCAGUUGUUCGUCGAACAUCCGAGCCCAUCUGAACCAAAGACUUGCCAUGUGUAAAUAUUAUGCCAAGAUCAAUCUUAGUUCUUAAUUGUCCAAUAUUGUUGUGUCAGUUUCCUUGCUAGUUUUUUGGGUUUCAAUACGUGAAGAAUCUCCAUUUGUAUCUGUUUGUAUUAUCCUGCCUGCAUAACUGGUGUUUAGUAAUCCGAAUUUGAGUAGGACUGGGGAAAGUUGCAUGCAUUGAUUUCGUUUGGAUCAAGAUUGAGACAUAG